UCCCCAAUUUAUGUUCUGUUUCAAGCACAAACUUGGUUAAUAAAACUAUUAGUUUUUAUUGUUGAUGAGAGCCUAACCAACGGAAGGUGGCGCCCAGCGAGAGUGACACGUCUUGAAAGCUUCACCUAUGUUUUUUAUUUUUUGUUUUCUUUAAUUAAGGGUUGUAUUUAGGAGUUAAGCCAUGUUUAGUUUGACCUAAUUUUAGGGCAACUUACUCUUAGACUAUAAAUAGAAAGUUUCCUUCUUUGUAAAGAGAGAUUUGGAAGAUACAUGAAGGGACAUUGUUGAGUGUUUUCUCUUGUGUAUGUGCACUCGAGUCUUAUCUUGAGCAAGUGGCUUAAGUGGCGACUCCUCCACUUAUCUCAUGGAACCUAUUAAGUGGCGUGGAGAGGAGCACAAUUCCAUUUCUUCGUGGCUGUCUUCACUUAUCUUGCAAGCAUGCAAGUGGCGUGUUAAAGCUGUUGCACUUAUCUCGGAUGGCUAUUCGAGUGGCAUGCUGAAUUUGGAUUUGCCCACUUAUCUUGGCUUUAUCCCCAAGUGGCGUGGCUUCCUUCGCUCGCUCCAUCUUCCGAUCGAUUCACGUUUCGACGUCAUCCCCUACUCCAUCCCACUCAUGUUUUAGGGUUUAUUCAUGUUUUAGGGUUUGUUUCACAUUCUCCUUUUGAUUUUUGUGUUUCAGUAUGUGUUUGUCGUACUCUUCGUCCACCCCUUUUUUGUUUGCAUCCAUUCACGAACCCUCAGUUCACAUGUUCCCCAAAUUUCGAAUCUCGUCCUACGUCAUUUGGUAUUCAGAGCUUAGGUUUUGAUGAAUUUGUGGUUAUCUGAAAUUGGGGCAUUCGUGUACUGGUUCCUGAUUGAUGCUUUAGACAUUCAAUUUUAGUUAUGUUCGUGUUUUCAGUUCACUUGCGGAUCGUAAUCCAUUUUCUACUCGCGUGAUUAAUUUUGUUGAGUUUUUGUUUUUCUUAUUUUCAUCUAAGUGCUUCUUUUGGUAAUGUUGUCUUGUGCCUUCAGAUUGUUUAGUUCUGCAAUUGUUGCCUUCAGAUUGUUUAGUUCUGCAAUUGUCUCGUAUUCGGUGUUUUUACAUAUGUGCUUAAUUUCAUUCUGUAUAAUUGUCUUGUGUGCAGUCCAGGUGUUUGAUAUAUUGUGUCAUUCACGUUACCUUGAACAAACACCUCUAGAGACCUUAAAAGUGCUGUGUUUGCUUGUUUUAGGUGCUGUUUUGUCCCUGUUAAAAUCCUUUCUCUUAUUCCUUUUGGUAUUGAAUUGCUCUGGUUUUGUCUGCCCUAGAGAUUGAGGUGGAGUUGUUCCACUUUUUCUUGAGACGUUAGCUCAAGAGAUUGGCCAAGUAAAGAGAUGCAUUCUGGCUUGUGGAGAGAAAAGAAUUGAGUGAACCGUACCCCACACCUGUUUGGCCGAGAGAUACAUUUGAGAGAGUGUGUUUUGCCUAAACUAGUUUUCUGUGUUGUAGCGUUAAAGAUCUCUUUUUGGAGUUUUCUGGUGCAUGAUUGUUUUUGAAUGUUGGCUGGUGAUAGGUUUAGAAUAGUUUAUAAAAGGAGGGAAAAGAGGAAUAACUGAAGGAGGGAAAAGAGGAAUAACUGACUAUGACAAUUAUAACCUCUGUAGAGUAAUUCUGUUUUCGUUUUUUUAAAACUGUCUUAUAACUGAUUAUUAUAAAUAAUCAGAGGUUAUAGGAAAAAGGCAGUUUUGGUUUUUCCUGAAAGGAUUGGUAGGAGAGUGAGGAUCUCUCAAAGCUUCCUCAGUUGUAAUCUUGAGUUCUGGCUUCUUCUCUUUUGGCACAAGCAGUGUUGUUCAAUAAAAGUAAUCAAGAAUUAAUCUUGAUUGUUCUGUAUUACUAAUUGUCCCUAUCAAUUGGUAUUCAGAGCGCCUUCUGGGUUCUGUGGGAAGGGUUCGUUAGAGCAUGGUCCAUACCAGAAUGGAGUCACGCAUGGAUGGGGUUGAACGCAUGGUCCAAGAAAUGGCUCAAGAUCGGGACAGACAGGAAAAUGAGGCUCAUCAACGGUUCCAACGUUUAGAAGACAUGAUUCGUGGUCUUACAGUGGUGGUGGAGAAAAUAUCGUCAACAGGAAAAUCGGAUAGUGAUGACAUUUCAGUCACAAAUGGAGUACAUUCUUCUUCUUUGUCCAGAUGGAGAAAACUGGAUACUCCAGUUUUUAUAGGAGAGGAUGCUUAUGGCUGGACCAAUAGGUUGGAGCGCUAUUUUCGUUUAAAAGCGGUAACAGAGGACGAAAGGAUGCAGGCAGUUCUUAUUGCUUUGGAAGGAAAGGCUUUGAAUUGGUUCCAAUGGUGGGAAACGUGUAAUCCCAAGCCUACAUGGGAUGCUUUCAAGAUUGCAGUGGUGCGCAGGUUUCAACCAACCAUGUUGGAUAAUCUGUUUGAGGUUUUGCUUGGCUUAAAACAAACAGGUCCGGUUGAAGAGUAUAUUGAAAAUUUUGAACAAUAUGCUGGGUUCUUGAAAAACGUGGAGCAAGAUUAUUUGGUAGGCAUUUUCUUGAACGGGUUAACAGAAGGUAUCAAGGCGGAAGUGAAGCUACAUGAACCAAAAAGUCUUGCUGAACUAAUGAUGAAAGCUAAAAUGGUGGAGGAAAAAAUUAGAGUCACAUCUAAAAGCGGCCUUACAGGGGUUAGCAGCAAUAUUUCAGGGGCCAAACCAUAUUCAGCCACCAGAACCUUUUCAAGAGAAGGCAGUCACUCGGUCGCUUCUAGUACUACCAAUAAGGAAAAGGGGGAGAGCAGUGAGGUGUCUAUAAGAAAUUCAGGGGGGCUGCGACAACGAGGAGCCCCUUUUCGAAAAUUAUCUGAUGCAGAAUUGCAAGACAAGAUGAAAAAAGGUUAUGUUUUAGAUGUGAUGAGAAGUUUGGGCCUCAACAUGUCUGUAGAAACAAACAGUUGCACAUGUUACUACUGUCAGAAGACGAAAUAACUGAAUUGGGGGAAUUCCAACACCACACAGCGACAACAGAAGAUACCUUGAAGGACACAAGACAGGUUUUACAGUUAUCCUUGUGUACCAUGGCUGGUCUCACUACCAAGAAGUCUUGGAAACUUUGGGGUAAAAUUGGAGAGGAAACAGUGAUUGUUUUGUUGGAUUAUGGAGCUUCCCACAAUUUUAUUUCAAAUAAUUUGAUUGGUAGAUGUGGGUUGCAGACAAUGGCUACUCCCUCUUAUGUGGUGGAAGUUGGAGAUGGUAGAAAGAUUGAGUGUCAAGGAAAAUGUGCAGAUUUUAUCUUGGAAAUCCAAGGAUUACAAAUUCAACAAGACUUUUUCAUUUUUGAGAUAGGUGGAGCUGAUAUUGUGUUGGGCUUAGAGUGGUUGGCCAGUUUAGGGGAGGUUAAGGCAAAUUUUGGCAACUUAAAACUUACCAUUGGUGGAGGGGACCAGCAGCACAUGGUAAUGGGGGAUCCUGCUUUAUCCACUACUGCAACUUCAUUUAAAAGGUUGAUACAUGAAUUGCAGCAAGGGGACCAGGGGUUUUUGGUGGAUAUGGUUCAGAAUCAUGACGUUGUGGAUUCCACGGCUUGUACAAAGGAAGUGGAGCAAGUGUUGGCAUCCUAUGGUGUGGUUUUUCAAGAGUUCCAGGAAUUACCUCCUACCCGAAAACAAGAUCAUGCUAUUCAUCUCAAGGAGGGAGCAUCCAUUCCAAACUUAAGACCAUAUAAGUAUUCACACUCACAAAAGAAUGAGAUUGAAAGAUUGAUUGGUGAUAUGCUGAAUGUUGGUAUUAUUCGGCCUAGUAUUAGUCCUUAUUCCAGCCCUAUUAUCUUGGUGAAAAAGAAAGAUGGUGGAUGGAGGUUUUGUGUAGAUUACAGGGCUCUUAACAAGGUAACCAUUCCAAAUAAAUUUCCUAUUCCAGUCAUAGAUGAAUUAUUGGAUGAACUGGCUGGUGCAACUAUCUUUUCUAAGCUAGAUCUCAAGUCUGGUUACCACCAGAUUCGUAUGAAAGAAAGUGAUAUUGAGAAGACAGCUUUUCGAACCCAUGAGGGCCACUAUGAAUUUCUAGUCAUGCCUUUUGGUUUGACAAAUGCGCCAACAACAUUCCAAUCUCUAAUGAAUGAAGUUCUCAAGCCUUUUUUGCGAAAAUUUGUGUUGGUGUUUUUCGAUGAUAUCUUGGUUUACAGCACUUCUAUGGAUCUGCACCUCCAACAUUUAUCACAAGUUCUUCAACUACUAUGUGAUCAUCACUUAAAAGUUAAUAGAAAGAAAUGCAGCUUUGGCCAAGACAACAUUGAAUACUUGGGCCAUGUGAUCUCGGGAAAUGGGGUAUCUGCUGACCCUAAGAAGGUAGAAGCUAUGUCUAAAUGGCCUAGACCGAAGGACGUCACUGCUUUAAGAGGUUUUCUUGGUCUCACGGGUUACUAUAGAAGGUUUGUUCGAGAUUAUGGUAAAAUUGCACAACCUCUAACACAAUUGCUUAAAAAGGAAGGUUUUGUU